AUGGUUUCUUGCGAGUCUAUCGUAAGACUCCUAGGUAUUCAGCAUUUGUAUACAGUUGACACUACAGAUAACCUUGAAAACAAUGAUGAACCAUAUGAAAUACAUAUAUUAAAGGUAAGUAUUCGCAAUAGUUUGUUAUUGAGGAGUGCCUAUUUAUGACUUAAGUCAUAAAUAGGAUUUCAUGGGUAAAUUUACCCAUGAAAUCCUGAACGGUUAUAACUUCCGUCACGACAGGACACAGCUAUAGUAAUUCGCCUGGUCUCAUUAAUAACUGAGAAGGCAUGUGCGCAGGAAGUUUUACGAUCGUCGUUAAAAAUUUCGGCAUUUCAAAAUAUUACUCAGCUAUUACUUUGAAUUAUUUUGGAAGAAGAGCCAUGCUAGAGGGCCUAACUAUCUUGUCCGGCGCUCUUCUAAUUAUUGACAAUCCGAUCUGAAAAUCUGAAUCUCAGUUUUUACCCGAACAUGUUCGGCUGCCUCCGUAACCGGCUAAUUUUCUGGAUAAGCGGUCCUGUUCUCGUUUUCGUCCCCAUUUCCCUUCCUAUUUGUCUCAAAUGGCAGUAAUAUCGCUGUAGAAAGACUCUGUAUGUACGUAGAAUAUUAUUUUGAAAGUUCAAACAUACGAAAAAUUGAAAAUAACAAAAAAAUAGCAAAGGUAGUUUAUAAAGGUAAACGUUACAAUGCUUUCUUCAUUCAUGAAGUAUGUACAGUAGCCGUUUUAUGGUUGUUUGGAAACACAGGCUUCCCAGUUUUCUGUCUGGUCGUCUCUGUCGUCUGAAAUAGUGUAGGAAAAUGAUGUAUCUCAUGGUAGGUAAUAAGUGUGGUUCUAAUCUAAGGGAUUAACUAUCAACACUAUCUUAAGCGCCGGUCCUAUGGCCGCAUUCUUGAGCUCGGUCGGAAGCUUUCUCGAAGGAACUUUUGGAGGUCUUCUUGGCCCGUUGGCAGCCAAGCCGCCAACCGACGUUCCGAUUCUCGAAAACGUCUGCGUGGCAUAUCGUAAAUGAACAACAUAAAGGAUAGAACCCAAGAAAGCAUUUUUUAGCGUUGCCUAUCGUAAAUGUGAGACAAGGGAUACUUUAAUCUGCGAACAGAGCAUUGAGAAUGGGGUCUUCGUAGGCGCCUGCUCGGUUUCCGCCAAACGUUAACUAGUGCAAAAUCUGGCGGCCUAGUUCUAAUGUAACGGGUUACUUAUCACCUGCUGCCUAUACGCGCUGCCUGACUGCGCUGAUGAAGGCGUCAGGGUCCUCGAAGGUGACCAUAUGUUUACACAUGGGCCCAGUGACUUGGGCGUGGAUCUACUGCAGCUCAUCAGCGUGUCGAUAUCCUGUUCGAAAACCCUAAUCUGUAACUUCAGCUCAUUGAAGUUUCGCAUGUGUCGCAGUUGGAACUGCAUCAGCCAGCGACGUGGUAGGUAAAGUAGGUCAGACACUACGAUAUACUCAGCCUUAACUAACCGCCGCAAGAAGGACCACCAGUUCAUCGGUGCAUUCUCUCAUGCAGUUUGUUGCCCUGCUUGAAGGCUUUUUCAAGCGGAUACAGAUCGAGUGUGUGUUCUGCGUGUCACAUGGGAAAACGUCGGCGUGAAGAUUUGAUGAUAAGAAGCGUGUAGGAGGAUUAUCACGGAUGAAUCGGGACUAUCCAUGCUUCCUCUUAAACCCAUCGAAGUAAGUAAGAAGGCAAGCUAUUUUGUCAACAGUGAAGGAAGAAAUGCGGGAAGUAAAGGCGUCCGUUUCGUCUUCUCGGAAACUGCAAACGUACGUCGUUUGGGGGAAUGACGUUGCCAUUUCCUACCUUUACGCCAGUCUCGAAGGCCUUAUUUUACUGUUGAGAGAAUUUAAUCAAAGAGGGCUUUAAACUUAGAAAUGAUGGCGGUUGUUGGCAGUGCUACCUACUGUACCGUUUGUUUAACCGCUUCCAUGUACAAAUGUAUAUUUUACAACUUACCUUCAUUUAGGCUUUCAUCUCUUGGCCUGGAAAACCUACAUGGUAGGUGUAGAUAUGUCAGACUCCGGACGGCCAAUAGGGAAAGUGCAGCUCCCGUCGGCGUAACACUGGAAUCCGUGUUGUCGCCAUCUAGAAGUCGUAGUGUAAGGUUGCGGAAGUGUGAGGUGGGCUACCAGUGGCAAUGGCGAAGUGUCUUCAAGUAGCCACAUGUCUUCAGCUAGAUACAUUCGCAGAUUGACGCCGACAAUGAUUCAUUGCCGACGAUAACGACACCUUUGCGUUAAAAAACGAAAUUUCCGAGAACGGCGGCAUGUAGGUUUUUCCCUAAUCUUGCCUUGCACUUCUCAGCAGAUUUCCUUGGCUUUCCGAUGUUUAUGCCGCGCAGUCAUGCUGUUAAACGCCGGUUGGCUCUGGUUAGCGAUCCAGGGUAUUUGGCAAAACGUCUGAAUCGUCGACACAGAUAACGCUUGCGCCCAUCACAACAACACGGGAAAGAACACUAGCUAAUGCGCGCACAAAAACACACGUCGUAUGCGAUUCCUAAUUAACACGCGCUUGUCUCCUGUUCAACAAAGCCGAAAUGCCAUUCGCAUUCCACUGCUUUUGAAGACAAAACGAUUUUGUAGUUAAAACAUCUGUUCGUCAGCCCAAAACCCUGACUAUCUCCCAAGCCAACUUCCUAAGACACUGAAAAACGUUGCAAACAUUGCUGCCCACACCUCAGUAAGUAAACAGGAAAUUUAAAUGUUGUCGCAUAUGGUUUGUUAUGUAAAAGAGUUAUCCGAAAUAAAACUUUAUUUUCUGCCUCAUCAACUUCCAGGUCUCGAAUUUCCCCAGUAGCAGUGCAGUCUUCGCCUUUUUUUGGCGAUUUAGGCCACAAGUAUAGUGCUUUUGACCAGUAAAAUAUCUUAUAUCACCAUGUAGUAGGCCGAAUUUACGGCCUUAUAAUCGGCUGAAACUUCCAAAACAGCAGAUCUUCGCGCCUUACCUUCGCUAUCGGACAAAUCCUGACCAACAUACCGUAAAGAGGCGCAUCAUGUGGGCUAUAUGCAUGCAUGAUUAUUUGUUUGAUUGAAACAUUUCGGUUGCUUCUGGUUAGGUUACUUCCUCUUACUCUGCGCCACACAUUGUUGGUCUCCUUGCUAAAUGUGCUCACACCGUUUUUUGCAAAUCAAAAUGUUUGACUUGGUAUUAACAUAUGGGAAGGGCCACUUUUGGGAGAUUCCCUAUAUUUUUAUCGCCGAUGACAGCAAUGUCCUGAAUCGGAGACAGGCGUUUGCAAGUAGAUCAAGUUUAAGAAAGGCAUAGUAUAUCCUGUGUACUCUGACUUUAAAUGCGAGAAAUGAUUUAUCCGCGCUGGCGCGCGUUCGGGCCGUCUGUAUAUGCUAUCAUUUAACUGGGCGCAGUUAUCCUUUCGUUAAUUUUAGCCAAUGGCAGAUAGCUGAUGCGUGAGUAGUCAAUUAGCACCGGGGCUUAUUUAACUCGUCACCUCGACCCAUAGUCCCAAUUACGUCAUAACUGAAGACUCGUCUCGCCGUGAGUUGUGCUUAACCUCGGGGUGACCGACUGAUGUUGAUGCAUUCGCGUUUGCAGAGGUCGGCUGGCCACUGCGACUUCAGACAACGGCCGACUUAUCAGCAAGGAUGGAGUCUUUUUACACACAUCUUUGUCAUUAUGCCAUAUUUCAAUUUUAGGAUUUAGGAAUAUCGUUAGAUUCUCCGAAUACAGGUACGUAUCUCGAUCCUGCUUUUCGAUAAUUAUUUAUGUGACCUACCGAAGCAAUCGACCUCCAGAAGUUCGUCCACCAAUUACAGUGCAGCCACCUGCCCGCGAAGAAGAUGAACUCUCUUCUGUGCUCUUUCACUGAAGACCUGAUUUUACAGUUCGGCUCUGAAAAUGAAAAUGGUGCCCCAAGUUUGUCGCCUUUCUUUGACACUUGACAAAUUUUAAAGUUGACGGCUACUUUUCGAAGGCAACUUUUAACUCGUUCCCGAAUGUCGACUGUGCAUGGCACCAGCUUUUUAUCCAGGUAUGUCAUAUUGUAGUCGUCCCACAAUCAAGCAUUUUUCGGCAUUUUAAAUUGCUUUUAUGAAUAUCCGAAGGGCAGCCGCUGGUGACCUAGUUGUCUUGGUUCAGUAUGAAAAUACCUCAGAUUCAUUUAAGUUUCAUUAAGGGGAGGGGCGGGUAGGCGAACACCUAUGAACUCCCUAACAGUUGCAGAUUUUCUAAACAAAAACGCUGAUAAGUGGAAAAUCAAGAAAGAGAUUGCUGACAUAAUUGCAUGUGAGAAGCAAGCAACUGUCUGUCAGUCAACCAAAUGUAAACAUGAACUCCUACUCGCCAAUUUCAAGCAGUAAGGACAUAUGAAUUCAGAGACUGAUUAUGUAAGUACGUGUGGCUGGUAAUCGGGAAUCUUGAUACAUGUCAAGUUUACGUUUAGAUGAAUUUCAAACAUGAUGUCUAGGCAAUCGAUCCACCUAGGAGAGGGAUGACUACUAUUGAAUCGUUUUUGCACAGUUUUGAAUUCGCUACAAACGCUGACAAACUUAUCCGAAUACGUCAACUACUCAUGAUUAAUACUUCUGAUUUAUAGCUAGCCCUUCAGAGGAAAAUAACUCAAAUUAAGUGUUCAACCCUCUCCAUUGCCUUUAUUUAAGCCUUUUUGUUACGAACGCCCUGUUUUCUUACUGGGCAAGGACUGAUCAAGUGUAGAUACCUUGAUAUAAUUGGAAUCUUCCGUUCGAUCGCCUGAUAUUGCAAGCUAUGGAAAGUAAGCAUCUCAUACAUCCAGGGGCCGAUUUGUCUGUACAAAGCCAUCCUCUAGGCCUUCCAAAUCAGAAGGGCAGGUCUUACCUCUUGCAGAAGACAGUCAAAUGGCCACAGAACUGCUGCCGGCGUUUUUCAGCUUGCGUACUAGACCUUAACGAAAUUUCGCACCAAAUUUCCGCCUACGUGCAGGAGUUUGCUGAUCAUCAGACUCGCGUGCUACUUAAAAGCAUUCAGUGGCAUGGUGUUUUGACGGUUUCUGCCUGCGUUCAUAUUCCGCAACGCUCGAGGUAUUCAUCUGGGACAUUCCAGUCCCCGUUUUGUGCGUCAUGGCCCAAUUCAGUGACGUCUUGAGUUUCCCAAAGGAGGGAAAAUGGAUUACUCCACGGACCUAUUAACUGUGACUGUGACUACUCUUUGCGGUGCCAAAGUUCAAGAAACAGCAAUUGGUGAUGAUCCUGCAGAACGUUUUCUUAAUCCCCACCAGCUUCUAGCGGUUAUGCCUUCUUGUUGUGAUGAUUGUUCCAGCCGUGGUCGAAGCAAUGCCCGUUUUCUCCCUUUUUGCUCCGAUUGUAGCUCCUUUUAACCGUGCCCGGAAAUGACCUCAUUGGGAUGUUACAGAAGCUUCUCGUCUCGAGGGAAUCGUCUUCUAAUCUUCGUUGGAAUAUCCUCCUUCCCCUCGUUUCCUGUCUAGCCGUCUGUGUUAAGGGUGGCGUUCAUCUGCUAAAAGGUGUGUUUUUCGAAAUUUUCACCCUUCUCAGUCCUCUGAGGAUUGCAUUGUCAAUUAUAGGGAAGCAUUCUUGAGAAGAUUAAAGGAGGUAAACAUUGAAAAUUACAGUUUUUCCAGAAGUCGCGUGGGAAAAGUUGGUGGGCCCACGAAUGAGCCGCUUCCCGCGGCGGUAAAAAUCCACGAAACACGCUUUUCUGGGCUUUUGGCUAGUGCCCGUGUCGUCAAUGUGGCGGAUCAUUCAAAAUUCAACUUUCGAACCGAGCCUGAAAGGGUUUAUUUCGAAGGAUUCACUGCUUGGUGUGGGAAUAGGUACCCUCCCUCCUGGAAGGACUAAGAAACCCACUAAAACUCACCGCCUGAAUUUGUUUUCCGUAAGCCGAAAACUGACUAAAUUACAGCCAAUGCCCUAACUAUCGAUAUCUGGUGGUGUUUAUAAGAUGACCUCCGGCUGUGAUAGUCUGGAUGAGUAUGGUUUCAGCAGGAAGACACGUUCGUUAUCGUCAGCACCCUAGCUGGCGCGUGGACAGAAUGGGAUCGAACAAGACUCCAACCCCAAUAAGUGCGGAGCGCGCGUCCACUUGACGAGGUGAACUUUGUCGACACAACCCUUACAGGUCAGCUUUUUUUCUCUCGUAAAGGUAGUUUGGGGUCCGGAAUAAGUACCCCCUGAACUAAAUUCCCAUAGAGUGUCUACUGAUUUGAUUUAGGUAGGCACUCUCGGUCACUAGUCGGAGGCGCCUGCGCUAACGCUUCUACGCGACCAGAUGGGGAGGGAGGUUGUGGUCCACUUUAAAGGACGUUGCCGUGAUUCUGUCAUUCUUAUGAACCACAUCAAAAACAUGUGGACACCUUAUGCCGGUUGCCUAAGAACGCGCUUAUCUUGAUAUUUCUUACCUGACCGAUUUUUUUGACGGUUUCCUCCGGGUCGCUCAAUGAUCGGAAGUAUCACCUAAGCAUAAUUUCGAAAAAGUUAAACUCAAGAAGAGACGUAGAAGCCAUUGCAAUUCGCGUUUGGCCAAUCGCCCGAUAGCAGGCCAAAGUAUUCUGCAAAAUGUUCUAGUUAUUGAAGAAGGGUCGAGCACCGGAACACUUCGUUUGUUGAUCAGAAGAAGAAGCGAUCGCUGGAACAAUGGCUUUAUUCGCCUGACGUUUCGGAUUCUCUCUUGAAUCCAUCAUCAGAGACAGUUGCAGAAAAGGGUGGCUCGUGUACAGGAAGUCGCAGUAUUUAUAGGAUGCGGUCGCCAUGCUACCGCAUACCUACAGCAAUUAACCGUGCUCCCUUCAUCAAGGAUUGUUGCCCGCUGGUGCGCUAAUUGCUCGAUGGCCGGCAUGCAAGUUGUUAAUUGCUGACAUCUCAUCACCCGUGUUGGAUGCUGGCGUGAUGAUUGCUCGGCCAUCUGGCUCACCGACUUGCGCGCUCCUCGAUUGGUCAAUUGCUUUGUCCAGUCUAUGCCUCAGCACAGAAUAUGGAGUGGGAAUGUCGUUGCACUUGUUGAUAGACUGAGGUCCCGUGAACCAUGACUCAAGCAACUCGCGGCUCACGCGAUUAUCACCUCUCGCGAGAAUUUCGGCCUCAUGAUGCCAACUCUCAGGUCGCGGCCCAUUCGACGAGACCCGGCCACACAUUCAAGUUCGAUGAGUCUAUCAACAAGUGCAACGACAUUCCCACUCCAUAUUCUGUGCUGAGGCAUAGACUGGCCAAAGCGAUUGACCAAUCGAGGAGCGCGCAAGUCGGUGAGCCAGAUGGCCGAGCAAUCAUCACGCCAGCAUCCAACACGGGUGAUGAGAUGUCAGCAAUUAACAACUUGCAUGCCGGCCAUCGAGCAAUUAGCGCACCAGCGGGCAACAAUCCUUGAUGAAGGGAGCACGGUUAAUUGCUGUAGGUAUGCGGUAGCAUAGCGACUGCAUCCCAUAAAUACUGCCACCUCCUGUGCACGAGGCACCCUUUUCUGUCACUGUCUCUGAUGAUGGGUUCAAAUGAGAAUCCGAAACGUCAGGCGAAUAAAGCCAUUGUUCCAGCGAUCGCUUCAUCUUCUGAUCAACUAGUUCCUGGAACUCGCAUCUUCGCUUGUAUCGGCACUUCGUUUAUUGCCCUGAGCUUUCAGACUCGUGCCUGGGCCUCAGAUGAGAACUCGGUCAAUCGAUUUAUCGAUCUGGCGCUGGCGUACAGAGCCCUGCUUAGUCAUCUCCAGUCUUGCGCCGCCGGUCGGCCUACAUGUCCUAUAACUGUCGCUUGUUCUGUUGCUGCUACUGCCUCCGAAGAUGGACUCCUGCACGAGUUCGAAAGCUUGGGACAAUAAACAAAAUGUUUCGGUGCUCAACACCUCUUCUUCUGCUUCACUUAUACAUACACCUGGAACUCGAACUUUCGCCUUUAUUCGUGAAACUACAGUGCGUGACCUAUCUCAUGAAAUGUUGGCUGAAAUUCUGAAAUGCGUUUUCGAUUAGGAAGGAUUACUUGGUCGCGGUUGUGCUACUGAUUAAUUUAAGGCAUACUCUUAUAACAUUUUGGACUCGGCUAGAUGUUGGCUUUUAAUUGCACUAUUUUUCAAUCUCCUGUAGAAAGCGUGCUCGGUAAAAAUGACUACUUAAGUAGCAUGCAUUUUUCCCAUUGAUUUUCGAUGGUCUUGGAAAUUCAAAUAUAUUAUGUAGAAACCACAAACAAAAAUAUGGUUUCUUUUAGUCAAUCAAUAGAGGAUCACGUCUUCAUUAUAUUUUAUACUUAACGAAGGAGUAUAAUAAGGUUUUAAAAAAGUUUUCUAAUUGCUGAAAAAUUUGAAGCCUGAUCAUUCGUUGAAUUAGCGCUUAGUGAUUACACUCUACAAGGUGCAUGCGUCCCGCGUAAAAAAAAUCACAUAUUUUUCUAUGCCAUUAAAGAGAUAUUAUACAGCGUCCAUAAAAUGUUGCAAUGGAUGCGGACCAUGUUGUACAUUUCAUGAGGAGCAGUGGUAAACGGCCAGGUACGAUGCUAUGUGAACGAACAUAUCGCGGUCUUAAAAAGUCUCAUAGGUCAGUAUAGGUCAGUAUAUUUUAAGAGUAAUAGGCAAUGCCUUUGAAAACCCUAUUGUAAACGGUACAUGCAAUAUUUCAAUAUAAAUAAACAUGGUACUGAAAUUUUGUCAGUAAUAUACACAUUUAACAGAAUAUUUUGCGAAAAAAUGUAGAACCAAAACUUGUGAACAUUCAGUUGUAGAUGAUUUCAGUAAAAUGUUAUGACAGUCAUCCGCAUUAGCGGUAUGAGUAUGCAAGGCGUUGGUUUAGCACCACAGAGCUGUUCUGUUCAGACAAGCGAUAGUGUCCAAGCAAAUAUGCAUCGAGUCUUUGCUUGAACGUCUCCGUGGUAUCCGCCAUUAUUACGUCCUCGGGAAGCCCGUUCCAGGCACCGACGACUCGCUGUGAAAAACAGUAUUUGCGAACGUCCAGGCGGCAUUGGGAUCCUCUAAGUUUUAGAGAGUUCCCACGCAGGUUUGUUGUUGUGGCCAGGGUGAAGAAAUCGUCGGGGUUUAGGGCACAUUCCCGGUUCCUCAAUAUCCGAUUCGAAACUUUUUAAAGACCUUAUUAUACUGCUUCCUUCAGUAUAAAAUAUAAAGAAGACGUGAUCCUCUAUUUAUUGACUUAAAGAAACCAUAUUUUUGUUUGUGGUUUCUAUAUAAUAUAUUUGAAUUUCCAAGACCAUCGAAAAUCAAUGGGAAAAAUGCAUGCUACUUAAGUAGUCAUUUUUCCGAGCACGCUUUCUACAGGAGAUUGAAAAAUAGUGCAAUUAAAAGCCAACAUCUAGCCGAGUCCAAAAUGUUAUAAGAGUAUGCCUUAAAUUAAUCAGUAGCACAACCGCGACCAAGUAAUCCUUCCUAAUCGAAAACGCAUUUCAGAAUUUCAGCCAACAUUUCAUGAGAUAGGUCACGCACUGUAGUCUUUUCCGGGCUCAUGCACUCCUCGCCUUCUACCACGACUUUUAAAUGACGUUACUGGGAGGAGGGAAGCCCUCGGCUGUGACUUGCGAUUUUUAAGAUCAGCGCAAUUUUCUGCCUAUUUUAAACUGCUUCCUUCAGGCGUCACCGACGCAGUGAUUGCAGUCUAGUUUCCUUUCUUUUUUGGUAAAUCAGACCUUCUACGCCAGGUGCUGGUAGCCGUUUUUGCAAACGAGCAAACUUCUACCGCUGACGCUGCCGACGAUUUACUCGAGGAUGACACUCUAAGUGAUGGUGAUGAGGAGAAUGCGGAUGGAAAAGCCUGGUUUUCUGGCAUUGCUGUAGCUUCUGCGGACUCACCGCGGGCUGAAAAUGACUGCCGUUUAAAGGCCGCUCUGCUGAUCGCGCGACAACUAUUCUCAGAAGACUCUCGCAUCGUUGGCUGCACCUACCGACAGUGGUGGGCUGAACACUUCGCUUCCACUCCCUCGAGUAUCCCAAACGGAGUUAGUUUCCUUCUGGGCGUUUUUGUUUUGUCCUAGUCGCAUGAGAUGUUUACAUGGGCGGGGGGGGCAAGUUUCCCGACUCUUUCCUUGGCAGAAUCACUUUGACAUGCGUAGUAUCGACGUUACUCCCUAUUUCAACGUUUGUUUAUAUGAUUUAUUAAUGCGCGGCCCUCAGUGGCCAUCCCUACUGACAUUCACCGUGACGUUUGCGAACCACAUAUCAUAGUACUUUUCCUGCAGCAUGAAUUUACUUCGAGUAACUAGAGUGUUGAGCGUCUGCAUGUAUAUAUGCCCUCCAAAGCUGCUAAAACGCGAAAUACUUAGUCUAUUUGUGCAGUUCUUGAUAUUUUCUUUGUAGUUUUUCUAAAUUUUGCCCCUUUUCCAAAUUUUCGACAUACUUCCACUGCGUAUGACAAAUAUGAAUUUCAAAGCUGCGCACAUACAUUUACUUCAAAUAAGCUUAACUGAACCGAUCACGAGCUGGUACUUGCUGCAUAUCCGGCUUUCUGGAUACAGCGGUUUUUUCUUAUUUUUCCCUUUACACUUUUUAUCUUGAGUCGGCUCUGAAAAACUUACUUACCUCGGUAGGACUCGAACCCACGACAGCAAGAGGAAGACUUCAGUACAGCUAAUGCUCUAACCACCUGAGCUAUGAGGCUCCACCGGGAGCUGUGGGUUUAAUCACAUGUGGGUCCAGUUACCCCCCGAACCUAUUGAAGCCUAUGAAAUCCACCAUAUUUGAUGCAGUAAGCUGAAUGCCCAGGCAGGGUUUCCCUAGUAAUCCAUCUAGAAUCCGCGAGCUGUCUAUUAGGCUCACGUGGCGCACGUGAGUUCGAAUCCCACCGAGAUCGCCGGGUCGAAAUCAGUUAUUCAAAAUCUGCCAAAACACCUUAACACUUUUGUAUUUAGUUUGAUUUUAAGGGACUUUUGUUUCCAUAGGCUCUGAUUAUAAGGUGCAGAUUAAGGUCUCUCAUCCUCCCCCUCUCUCCCUCUCUUGCUCUGCAAGGGCAGUGGUGUUUUAUCGAGUCGCCGCGGUGUUGCCUACCUCGCCAGAGAGCUCACCUCCCUCCUCCCCUACGAGAUGAACCCCAUCUUCCUCCGCACCCAGAUCUCUGUGACACCCUUCUGGGUGUCGGGUCAGAGGGCCGCCGCCCGGGGUGACCCCGACUCCACAGCCGAUGUAUCGACUAGCUUGGCCGUUGAUCAGAGCGAGCAGUGGCUCGAGACGUGGUUGGACUACGUGGAUAUUGCACGUGGAAGAUUGGCUGAGCUGCGGGUACUGUCUUCAACUUUUGCUCUUAUCCUCGCCGUGUCAUACAUACGCACAGUGGUCAUGGUUCUUACUGACGGAGAGGUUGACCCCGAAUCCUGGCAGUUUCAGGGACGAGAUAAAUUGUGUCCAGGUAGAGACCGAAGAGACAAAUCAGGUUAUUCGCGGGGGAGGAGACACGAUCGCUGGAACAUGUGCUCCAUUAGCCUGACGUUUUGAAUUCGCCCUCGAAUCCAUCACCAGAGACAGAGUCAGAUAAGGGUAGAGGAUUGUCCAGGAGUUGCAAUAUUUAUAGGAUGUGGUCACUAGGCAGCUACAUGCCCAUCACAGUUGGUAGCUCCCGAGUGCAUCACGGCUCGACUGGUUAGGUGUUGAAGUAUGCCGUUGCUAUGCACCUGUAUGCCGGUCAAGAUUAUCAGCUCCCACGCUCAUCGCACGCUACCGAGUGGCGGACUACGGAUUUCGUCAUCCGUGUGGACCCUUGGAUGAUUUGGCUCACCAACAUUAAUACCGGGGACAUUGGCUAUCCGCGCGCUCUCCUCGCAGCUACCUACUUUGUCUAGGCUAAUUCUCAGUGUCGCAUAUACAGUGAGGAGGUCGCUGCGCUUGUUGAUUGACUGAGGACCGGAAAACUGUGACUCGAGCAGUUUACGGCUCGCGCGGUUUUUGUCUCUUACAAGAAUUUCUGCAUAAUCAAACUUGAAUGUUUAGUUGGGUCCCGUCGAAUAAGCCGCAACUUGGGAGUUGCCUUCGUUCCUCCUCACUGCUGCCGCGUGCUCGGCCAACCGCGUCCGUCCCGGUAGCCAGCCACUUGGUAGCAUGCGAUGAGCUUGGGGGCCGGUAAUCUUGACCGACAUGCAGGCGCAUAGCAACGGCAUACUUCAACACCUGGCCAGUCGAGCCGUGAUGCACUCGAGAUCUGCCAGCUGAGAUAGGCAUGUAGCGGCCUAACAACUACAUCCUAUAAGUAUUGCGACACCUGGGAAAUCCACUACCCUUAUCUGACACUGUCUCUGAUGAUGAAUUCGAGUGAGAAUACGAAAUGUCAGGCUAAUACAGCACUUGUUCCAGCGAUCGUGUCUUCUCCGCGACUACUUCCUGGAACCUACCUCUUCGCUUCUGUUAGCAAAUCAGGUUGCUCUCAAGUUCGAUGCCGAUACUUGUUUGAAAAAUGCUUCCAUGGUUCCUGGCCGGCCCUUUUCCUCUCUGCCGACUCAGACACGCGGCCGCCCAACUCGUUUGUGGAGCGAGCAUUUUUGUAACGAUAGUAAUUCCCGCCAAAUUCCGCAGUAUUGGGUAAAAGGCCUCAGACAGAUCCUACGAAGUCGUUCGUGGUUUCUGAAGAUAUCUUUAGAGGGCACAGCUGAUAGCGCGGUCUGCAUGCAAUCCUGUACUUUCGCCUGACUUGACAGCUUGUUGCGAACCGCUAGGACCUGCCGAAGUCGUUUUAACCGUUUGCCAAAAUAAUACUUCCCAUAGUUAGUGUUUUUAAGAAGUGGGCCUUAUCUUUUGAUGACGCAGGCUAUGGAACUACAGACCCGCAAGGCGAGAAAGUGUUCGCACACUCCGUUAUGGAAAUAUGUGCGUGUUUUUCAUCCGAAUAUCUGUAAAUAGGGUUUUCUAAGGCUCUGCCUAUCUUCUUUAUAUGUACCGAACUAUGCCAAAUUCCCCAAGGGGACCACCACCGUCCAAGAGAUAAUUCACAUUCUCGGGAGUCAGUUGGUGUUUAUGAUGAGUACUGAUUACGGUGAGUUACUGCUGUAUAAUUGUUCGUCGUCUCUGCGGUAGAAAUGUAGGCCAGUAUAUUUUAAGGGUAAUAGGCAAUGUCUUUUAAAACCCUUUUAAAAGCGGUACAUACAAUAUCUAACUUUAAAUAAACAUGGUACUAAAAUGCUCUCAGUAAUAUAUACACUUAACAGAACAGUUUUCUUCGAAAAUGCAGGACCGAAACUCGAGAACAUUCAGCUGUAAAUGAUAUCGGUAAAAUGAAAUGACAACCAUCCGCAUUAGCAGUAGGUGUAUGCAAGGCGUUGGUUUGGCACCGCAGAGCUGUUCUGUCCAGACAAACGGUAUUUUCCAACCAAAUAUACAUCUAAUCUUUGCUUGAAUGUCUCCGUGGAAUCCGCCAUUAUUACGUCCUCGGGAAGCCUGUUCGAGGCACCGACAACUUGCUGUGAAAAAGAGUAUCUGCGUACUUCCUGGCGGCAUCGGGAUCCUCUAAGUUUUAGAGAGUUCCCACGCAAGUUUGUUGUUGUGGCUAGGGUUAACGUUAGGGUCUUAAAGCCUGAGUUAUGGCUACGGUUGCGUUCAUAUUUGAGUUGGGGUUACCCACUAUAGGCAUGAUCGCGGUUGUCGUCAGGUUCGCAGUUUACUACAGUUUCCCCAGUAGAGUUACAUGCCAUACUUUUACCAAUGCGGGAAUUACAAAUGUUUUAGCGUGACCUCUUGCCUGGUAUGACGUUUCCCCUCCUUUGAAUUGGACACCCUUAUGCCUAAUCAGUCCUCACUUCGCUAUCGAACGACUGACAGGCUGAAGACUGCUCAUCUUUUUUCGGCAGUGCGUAGAACAGUCUCCUUCCGCGCCGGGGACGUCCAUACUAGAACUGCCGACGGCAUCCACAAAGCACUGGACCGAAGUUUACACUCUUCUUCAGGAGUACUCUGCUCAGGCGGCAGCGGCAGCGUCAUCAUCGUCAUUGGACAAACCAAACGCCAAACCUCCCGCGUCUCUCGUUGAAAUGAGUCUCUUUCGGUAGGUAACCCGAACUUUAGUCACAUCCACUUUACUACGAGCUCUGUCAUUCAGGUACUCAGGAAUACUUGUAAAUCAGCCAUAGGGACAUUGCUUAACAAAGCUACAGCAGUAAGACACGAAUCACCAGAAGAGCGUUCAUUAAAUGCUCCUUAUAUUCCGCAUUAGGCAUGCAUUGAUGUGACGAAGCCUUGGUACUCCCCAGUUUGUUCUGUUUGAUCGAUUUUUGGCGCUGCCUUUCAAGGCGCCUCAACCAAUGACUUUCGCCCACUAAACGCCCACUGUUGUGGCUUGGCGGGAUUUCGCAACUCUUUUUUUUCUCGCACCCACCGCCUUUCGAUGGUCGCAGGAGACAGCAGCCACACCAACACGUCAUACACUGCAUAUUAUUCGGCUGUCUCAUAAAUUCGUGUGCUUUUCAAUUGUUUAAAAGUUUGGAGUUGUGAAAAUCCCCAUAGCAGUAAUCAGAAGACGAGGUGGCGAGCAUACAUAGCUUUCGAUAAAUUCUCGUCGGGCCAGUACAGUUAUGUGGGAAGGGGGUAGAAGUAAAACACGUCGGCGAUAAGAAAAAUCUAAGAAAACCGGGUGUGGGAAUGUGGGGGAUGGAGGGAGGGGGGGGGGUAAUAGCAGUCAGUGUCAGGGGCGAGGUGAGAGGGAGGGGCCGGAGUGUUUCAGCGUUAGUCGACCUUCGACCACUGUAGGUGCGGAGCCUAAACGUGGUUCUUCUGUGCGCAUAAGAUUGGCUUUCGUAACCUUAUGGUGGCCGCUUAUGCUGCCGCUAACAGGCGCUGGCCUAGUAGCUUAGGGUAGCUCGGUGGGACCUAAUAAAUCACACGAAAUGCUUCGUUGGGGUCUACACGAUGUCCGGAAUCGACAACAUGCGCGAGAAUGGUGCUGCUUAUGCUCCUCGUUUCGCCUUGUUCCAGCCAUGCCGGGAGGUGUUCCCUAGUCGGCUAGCGCAAACUCGUGUGACCAACAUAACCUGCUCCGCAGGAGCAAGCGAAGGAAGAAAUGCACACUGAAAUGGUCUGAGAUGUCAUCUUGGCCUUACCUUCUCCGCGUAAAAUAGAAUUUGUAGAGAACGAUAUUUGAGCCUUUGCUGCUGGGAAGGUUCGCGAGACAGCUUGAUCAAGGCGUCUCCUUAGGAGUUCAGUCGCAGCCUCCUUUUGGAAAGGGACUUUGAGGAACAAAGUUUUCUUUUCGGCGGUCGGUGUGGCGGGUUUUUUUCGGUCGUUUGGCAAUGUUCUUUGCAAUAAACCUUUCAGGAUACCCGUUUUCUCGAAGGAAGUCCUGGAUUAUUCCUGAGCUCCUCCUCGAUGCUAUCUGUUGAGCAAAUCUUUCUACCUCUUUGUGCCAAACAUCGGACUAGAUUUGUUUUUUGUUGGAGGAGUACGAAACUGGCGAAGUUCGUAUAUUGUGCAGACCAGGUUUUCUUCCGAUAGGCGCUUCUUCGGACACUCCCGUCAGGACUCCUGCUUAGAAGAACAUCUAAGAAAGGGAGCAAACCGGCCGUUUCUAUCUCCAGCUUGAAUUCGAUCGACGGAUGCGUCUGAUAUGCAGCAUAUAAGAGGGUAGCUACGUCGGUUUCUGCAGUGCCAAUUGCAAAGAUAUCAUCAACAUAGCGACCGUAAUGUUUAAGCAUAUCGAUCUUAUCGCUUAGUUGGAAUCUGUCUAAUUUGCCUAUGAAGACAUCGGCUAGGAGAUGUCCGAGGGGUGAGACCAUGGCAACGCCGUCUACUUGUCUAUAGAGUUGGUUGUCGAACAGGAACUGCACAUUUAAUGUGCAUCAUAGUAAUAGUUCCUUUAGUGUCUUCGUCGGAAUUCCUAUUUACUGCUGACUGGCAGACAGGGCGACUAACGCUGCAACUCUCCGCGCCCUUCCGCUCUCACCCCGCCCCUGACACUAACGGCUAUUACCCCCCCCCUCCCUCCAUCCCCCACAUUCCCACACCCGGCCUGUGUUUUAGGGCGAACCUUUAUUGAUUUUUCUUAUCGCUGACGUGUUUUACCUCUACCCCGUUCUCAUAUAACUGUACUGGCCCGACGAGAAUUCAUCAAAAGCUAUGUAUGCUCGCUACCUCGUCUUCUGUUUAAAAUUUCGUUAUAUUCCCAUUUAUCAUUUACAGGGUUAAUCAAUUAUGCAUUGCCAUUCAUUGUUCACAACCUCCUCCCGAUGUUUAGGCAGUUUUUCAAUCCCGCGCUUAAAGAAGUCCGCGGGUUUUAACGCGAAGAAGCCAUCGAUCCAAUUUCGAAGAUCCGCAUCGUUAAUGAGGGAUAUUCUAGUCAAAUUGUUUUCUAGUGAUCAAAAAAGAUGGUAAUUUGAUGGGGCAAGGUCCGGAGAAUAUGACGAAUGUAAAAGAACCCCCCCCCCCCCCCCCCCCAGCCGAGUUCUUUAAUGCUAUUUUUGGUGAAUUUUGCGAAGCGAGGCCGGGCGUUUUCAUGCCGACACAAUUUCGACGAUUUGAGCGUUAUUGUUGAAUUGCUUUAUUAGUAGAUGUUUUGGCAGGUUUUGAAUAAUUCAUAUUGACCCAACUGUGAAAAACUCGGCGCCUCAGUGGGAUUCGAACCCACGACAGUAAGGGGAAGGCUUUAGUACAAUCAACGCUCUAGCCACCUGAGCUACGAGACCCCACAGGAUGAAGUCAGUUCGAUCACAUUUGGCUCAAGUUAUCCGCCCAGCCUACUGAAACCUCUGGAAUCCACCAAAUCUGAUACAGUAAGCUGGCUUUCCAAGCAGGAUUUCCCCGGAGACGCCGACCCUGGUAGUCAUCUUGUGGAUUACUUAGGAAAUCCUGCUUGGACAGUCAGCUUACUAUAUCGGAGUUGGUGGAUUUUUUUCUAACGGCCUCCAGCUCUUUGAUUUAUCUACUAGAAACGAAUAAAAGAUGUCGGAAGUGUUCAUUUUUUUCUACCUGACAUUUCAUUUUUCUUGGAUUAUCAAUAAUCAAAAGUUAAUGGAGAUUAGAAGUAAAAAAUGAGCAAAUUAUCUGAGGAACAAAUUACAUAUAAAAGGAAUGCAUCAGACAAAUUUUGAAUAAUGGCAAACGGUACGAACUUAUGUGACAACCCAGUAUAAAGUUACGUAUCCGUUGGGAUAUCGAUUGAGAUUCUGAUACCGGUCAAAAGGAUUACUUAGGUGAGCUUGUAAUAUUCGGUAUCAUGCGGCGUGGUCUACGAUAUUUCAGCCACGCCAGCAUACCGACUUUUAUAUUUACGUCUUUCCGGCCACCUGCAAUAAUCUCAUUUUUUAAAAAUGACUGCUUAAGUAGUGCAGAUUUGUGUCAUUGAUUUUCGAUCCCCUGAUAAAUUCAAGCGUAUUUUUAUGGAAAGCAUGCACACAAAUAUUUUUUGUAUUUACUGUGUAGCAACUUACUCCUUAAACCUUUGCUUAAAAAGAAAAACUUCCGAUUUUUUAAAGUCGACCUAUGCUAUUUUUUAAGAUCAUGAAGUAUUUAUUCAAAAAGAGACACAUCUGUCCGUUUACUGAUGGCACUUAUGAAGAAUGUAGCGUUGCACAUAUCCUUUCCAUGGUGGGGUUUCUUUUAAAAUGAGGACCUUAGGCAUCGUAGUUUUAAACCUUAAAACGCUGGCGCAACAGCUUGUCAUGUUUCGAAUUACUCGGAAACCGGAGAAUGUUUUUGAAACUAAAAGGCAUAAUCUUUUUAGUGGGAAUUUGUAGAAGGCGUAAUUUGCUACAAAGUGAGUACGAGGAGGAAUAUUUGGGUGCGCGCUUUCCAUAGACUGUUUUUCAAUUUAUUAGUGUCGGAAAUCAAUAGAACAAAUUCACUUUACUUUGCUAGCCAUGGCUAGCAACUGGGAUUUUUGCGGACGGCUGGAAAGUCGCGGUUUCCAGAGCCGGCAUCCCGUUGUGACUGAAAUAUCUUAAGGUAGUGUCUCAUGGUAAUCAGUAUUAAAACUCCACCGUUCUAAUUAUAAAAUACUUUUCCAAAAAAUUGACUAACAUUUCAUGAGGUAGAGCAGCUACUUCGAUGUUUCUGCUGCUGCGUGACGUAACUGCUGGCGUUCCGCCUAUGGUUUCAGGUAUACUGCGCGCUGCUAAAGGAUAAUUUAUGCGUUACUCAGAAUUUAAUUUGUAGAUUUAUGUGUAAGACGGUUUGUUAUUACCCGGCCUAGUAUUUGAAAGCACGUGAGAGCGUAUGCGUACCCGACUCUUGUCCCCAAGACCAACGCGGCAGAGGAGGACGCGACCGGCCACGAAAAUGUGUAUUAGGGGAUUGCAAGUGAAGACGAACUGUAAGUAACACAUAUUUGUAACGCCCUCCUGUGGUUCGCCGGAAUUCGGCCCAAUGUCCUUCGGGAAGAACAUUCCAGUCGAGCUAGUUGAUGAUUCGAAUACGCAGAUCGAUCAGGUCCGAGGGGAAAAGCCAAUAGAGAGGCGCCACGAUAAAGAUGACAGCGCUGUGGAGAAAAAACGCACGGGCCUCCAGUGAUUGGCUGGUUCGGGUUUUUGGGAGUGUAGGCACUCCCAGCACGGUCGUUCGAGAAGGUCCGGUCCCAAUUUUCCAUGUAAACAAUUGGUUUAAAUACUGCCAGUUUCAGUUGAAUACUGCUUUAUGUUCACAUUUGAAAAUCUAACAGUAGCAUGUAUUGUGCACCUAAAAAGUCCACCACACCUCAACACCUCUUGCACUCUUUUCACUGUCUGCUUAUGGAUACCGGGGUAUGAUUAUAUCAGUCUGGUGAUCAUGCUCUCUCUCUCUCCUUUAUUCUUCUUUUUUCCAACAGUCCGCGCUUCUUCCAGGAGACGUUUCUGCCUCUCUUGCAACGACCACCGCCCUGUAUUAGCCUUUCCGCCCCUCUGGAGGAUGCACGAGUGCUCCUUCUCCGAGCGAUUGAUUUAUGCGUAAAGCGGCCGGAGACCGGUCGGCUGGCAGGCAGCACGAAGAAACAGCCCGUCACCGGCCGUCGGGUUAGGAAGCGAAAGAAGACCUAA